GCUGCAUGCCCGCGUUUGCCUGAGUGGCGCUCGCCGAUGUUCGGCUUUUAUUAUUAACGUGCCUAGCAGUGCGAGCGAAGGGGAAUUACAGAGCCUAAUAAUCCUCCACCUGGCGGGCAGUCUCUUUUGUGUUUAUGUUGGUGUGCGGAACUGCUGAGGAUGAUUCCAUUAUGUUAAACAGACUGCAGCUUGAAAAUUAAUGUUGGGUUUACUAUGCCUUUCCUUCACGGAUUCCGUAGGAUCAUAUAUGAAUAUCAGCCACUUGUUGAUGAGAUCUUGCAGGCAUUAGGCAUCGAUGAUGGUGUGGAUUCACAGGCCGGUACGGCCUCAGAGAUAGAUGGCAGUGCCUACAUCACUCUGAGAGAAGUCCUUGAGAGAGAGUCCCAGUCUAGCCUCUUCAAAGAGGGGAUCAGCUAUGCAUUAUUUAAGGUUGCUGAGACCCAGCUAGUGAAUGCUGCAGAGCUGCUGCUUCAGUAUCAGGCCGAUCUUAGCUUUGAAGAUCCUGUCUCUUACUACAACCCCCUGCAUAAUGCGGUGCUGAGAAAUCAGGCUGUAAUGGUAGAAACAUUGGUGCGCCAAGGAGCCAGUAUCAAUAAACGGGAUCGGAUUCAUGAAAGUAGCCCAUUGGAUCUGGCUAGUGAGGAAACAGAAAGGCUGCCCUGCCUGAGAACUCUUCUUGACCUUGGAGCUGACGUCAAUGCUGCUGACAGAAAUGGAAAGACAGCAUUACUCCAUGCGUUGGCUAGCAGUGAUGGUGUCAUGGUCCACAACAUUGAGAAUAUUCGCUUGUUGCUGGAAAGAGGGGCUGAUGCAAACGCCAUGACACGUGAUGGUGAAACUGCGCUUUCUUUCGUGGUUUUCCUCGUUAAGGAGGCUCUAGAUGGAAGGCCAGAAGAUGCACCACAUAUUCAUUACUUCUGUCAGGAAGUGGCUCAGCUGCUUUUGACUUACGGAGCAGACCCCAGCCGCUGUCGUGAAGAUGAAUCCUCGCUUAUGGAAACGUGCUUGGAGCAUUUCGAUUUGCAUUUCUCCUUGGCCUUGCAACUUUUACAAGGCGGUGCUUCGUUCUUCUGCACCAUGCACAGCCCACCUUGUUGGUCUGGCUUUGUGCUCAUCUUCCAGCGACUGUGCUCUGCAGUGCAGGAGUUGAAAGACAACACUGUUGCUGCCGGUGAGGUUAUACUCAAAGCGGAAUCCAUCCUGGACUUUGUGAUUGCAACUUCACUGGAUGUCAGGAUACCAAAAGACUUUGUAAUUUCUGUUGAAAACUGUGGUAUUCACGCCCAGAAGAUCUUGAGCAUCUAUGCUCGCUUGAAAGACCUUGAACACACCCCAGCACCUCUAAAACACCUCUGCAGGCUGCAUAUACGUCAACAGCUACAACUUUUAAACCUGAAGCAGAAAGUUGAGAGACUGCCUCUCCCAGACAGGCUGAAGGAGUACCUCCUCCCUACACUGCAGUUUUCAGAGGCGGCUGGCACUUGCAAUGGCUGCCACAGGGUACACCCAAAUGACACGGCCUAAAUGCUUACAAAGGCCUUCCCUGCUAGCUGAUGCUCUGUUUAAUAAACUGCCUCUAAGCACACAGGGCUAUGCCUAGCUAAACGUUCGGAUCUUUACUGGAAUUGGAUUAGUAGUGAUUUAGCCAUUUAGUGGCUCAUAUAUAUUGACUUGGUAUAUUUUUUUUUUUUUCUUUGCAUGUUAUGUUUUGGUGGGGGUCCUCCUAAUGUAGUCAAGUAGACAAUAAAAAUAAGCAAAACUCAUGACCAACUACUAUCAUGUAAAUAAAUAUAUGCUCCACGUGUAACCUUGACACUGCCGAGCGGAGCUUUUCUUAAAAUAAAUAAGUCUGCCUCUA